GUCUGACCCACUAAAUUACCCCAUAACUUUAUGCCAUCUCAUAGAUUGUCCUAACAUUCUCCUUAAUCUUUCCUUCCAGAUGUAUUUCAUUGGCCUCUUUUUGCCCGCCAAGUUCCCUCCUAUAGUCCCCAUCUUCCUCCAGGAACUAAAUUAUUUUCAUUUGCCUAUACUUGUCAUAUGCUUACUUUUUUGUUCAAACCCCCACUCUCCCUUGUCAACCUGAUAUCCCUAUUUUACCAUCCUUGCCUUUUGCCCUGACUGGAACAGCUCGGUCCUGAAUUCUCGACAUCUUACUUUUAAGAGAUUCAGACUUGUUGGAUAUUGUUUUACCCACAAGCAUUCUCUUUUGUCAGGAAGGAACUGCAGAUGCUGGUUUAAGCCAAAGAUAGACACAAAAUGCUUGAGUAACUCAGCGAGAUAGGCGGCAUUUCUGGAGAGAAGGAAAGGGUGAUGCAUCACCCAUUCCUUCUCUCCAGAGAUGCUGCCUGUCUCUUUUGUCAGGCCUGAAAUGAGCUUUUCCCCAAUGUAGGAUUUUAACCUGUGGAUAAAUUUAAUGCCUUUCCAUAAUUAGCUUGAAACUCACAGAAUUAUGAUAAUUAUUCCCAAUAUCCUUCCCAUUGGUAUUUUACCCCUUCCCCAGCUUCCCUUCCCAAGUUACGGUCGAGUAUAGCCUCUUCUCUUUUACCUUCUCAUACACUCACAGACUUUUAAAUUGUGUUAUUUAAAUCUAUUUGAGUAGUAACAAAAAUAGCAUGUAUGCCACAAGUAUUUAUCAGGUCAGAUCAUGGUUGGUAAAUAUUUCCAACAAAAUCUGGGUUUUUUAUGGAUUUCCACAUUUGCAGUAUUUUUGAGAUAUCUUGAGGUUGUGGGAAAUAUGAUAUAGUUUUGUUUUGUAUUGUUUGAAAGUUUACCACCAAUAUUUCCUCCUCAUUUUUUUUGUGAAAGAUUAUGAUUGAUGCAGAGUAUAACGAUAUUAACUCAACUUCACUGAUUAUUGGGCUGCUAAGAAUCUUUCAGUUCUAAUGAUAGUUCAUCUUCAGGGAAACCAAACACAAAUAAACUCAGUGAUCACCAACUGUGGAAACAUUUAUAAAUCUGUGAUUAUUUUUUUGUGGUCUCUUUCAGUGGCCCUGGAUGCAUGUUAAUUAGGGUUAAUGAACUUCCACCCAUGGCAUACUUUUCUGAACCAUUUCCUUUGUUUAAAAAGUCCAAUAUUUAUUAAUCUUCUGCUGAUUAAAAGCAGUUGGUUUCUUGCUCUUUUUUAUAUUGUGCACCCUAGCCUUCACUUCUUCUGUUAAAUUCCUUCUCUUUUUUUAAAAUUUCCCAUUACUCACAAAUGCUACCCCCAAUGCAAUCCAGUCCAGGGCUGUCGGUUAACCUGGCGGGACAGGCAGAGUUGAGCUGGAGUUAGCGCUUCUUCUCCGCGCUGGCUGUAAGCCUGGGUCGCCACUGCUCUGGGCCUGUCCCAUCAGUCCAGGGUCACCUCGGACAACUCCGGCCACCGUACAGGGAUGGGACACUCGGGAGGGGGAGGGAACGGAUCAGCAGCAAUUCAACAUCGCUUGACCGGAGACCCGGGUUCGAUCCAGUCUAAGGAUGAAAGGCAGGUCUGUAUUCAUGCAGCAGCACAGUUGCCAAGAAUGUUUACCUUUGAGUGACCUUUGACAAAUCCCAUGAUUCCUUGCGUUUUUCAGAAUACCAAACUCGUUUAUUGUAGUGUAAGGGUUAAACUGACAAUUGCAGCUAAAAUGUGAAAUGGAGUUAUCAGCUAAGUUAACAGCCCUACAUUCCAUAGCCUUUUGAAAACAAGUUUCCAGACGCAUUAUCUCCUCGCACCUGUGAUCAUUGCUUGGGAACGCAGCCUUUCCCAGGCCAUUCUAUGGGAAAGCGUAACAUUGGCAAACACAACAAAACAUCAAUAAUUGGGUAGACCACCCGCGCCCCCUGCGCAAGUAGUGCUGAAACGUUGCAGACAAGGGGGGCUUAUUGGCUCGGGGAGGGGACAGCGGCACGGUCUGCUCUGAUAAGAAAUGCCAUAAAGAUUGGAGUUGGGCGCCCUUUCUGUUAGAGAACCUCAGCCUUCGACCAUGUCGCGAACAGUGCCAGGUUCUCAAGAAUGAAACAUCCUGUGGCAUGCUAUGAUGAGUUUGCGAGUGUGUACUGGUUUACGUGUGUGUAUGUAGAAACAUCCAGCGGUAUGCUCUACUGUGUACUCAGGAUUUGCGAGUGCGUUCGGGGAUAUUUGAGGAUAUGUGAGUGUAUGUGCCUUAUUAAGUAGUGUUUUUCAGUUUUAGUAGAGAGGUUCUUCUGCAGUUAUAUAGGGCUCUGGUAAGACCACAUCUAGAGUAUUGCGUACAGUUUUGGUCUACUAAUUUGAGGAAGCACAUCCCUGUGAUUGAGGCAGUGCAACAUAGGUUCACAAGAUUGAUCCCUGGGAUGGCGGGACUGUCAUAUGAGGAAAGACUGAAAAGACUAGGCUUGUAUUCGCUGGAGUUUAGAAGGAUGAGGUGGGAUCUUUUAGAAACAUAUAAAAUUAUAAAAGGACUGGACAAGAAAGAUGCAGGAAAAAUGUUCCCAAUGUUGGGCGAGCCAGAACCAGGGGCCACCGUCUUAGAAUAAAGGGGAGGCCAUUUAAGACUCAGGUGAGAAAAAACGUUUUCACCCAGAGAGUUGUGAAUUUGUGGAAUUCCCUGCCACAGAAGGCAGUGGAGGCCAAAUCACUGGAUGGAUUUAAGAUAGAGUUAGAUAGAUCUCCAGGGGCUAGUGGAAUCGAGGGAUAUGGGGAGAAGGCAGACACGGGUUAUUGAUUGGGGACGAUCAGCCAUGAUCACAAUGAAUGGCGGUGCUGGCUCGGGGCCGAAUGACCUAAUUCCUGCACCUAUUUUCUAUGUUUCUAUAGUUUUAUGAAGCUGGGUGAUGACAAAUGACCAAGCUCAGUGCUGGUAAGCAAAACUGAUUGCCUUUAGUAUAAAGCACAGGAGUGCACAAUAACAUCUUAAAUUUAUUUCAGUAUCUCCACAGGCCCAGCAAUUCAAUUAAAAUAGUUAGAACAUUAUCGCCCCAUUCCCAUAUUUACAGAUAAUGAUCUUUCAAAGUUUUCAGGUGGGUUUUGUUCCGUGUUCUCAUUUUGUUCCUAGUACCUAUUUUACUGAAGUGAAACAUUUGUUUUGUUUACAUAUCUGUAAUCUCAGUUGCGCCUAAGCGUUUAAAUACUUUUAAUUACAUGUGAGAUUACCCGGUUAUUUUCGUGUGGGAUACAAAUUAGGACAGCAGAUUUAAAAAACGCGGACUAGAAAUUAAGGUUACGAUUAAAAAUAUGUACCGUAUCUAUGGUUUAAAUCACGACGAUGCAUACACCUCCAGGGGUCCAAAUGACAAUUAAAUAGACUAUUGACUAUUGACUAUUGACAAUGAUGCUGCGCUUGAAACACGAAAAGGUAUUUUAAGUGAUGUUAUCUGGAGGUGUGUAGAUUUUGUUCAGUACCUGGGAAUCCAUUCCAGGUAUUCCCGAUGGUUAGGUCAGAUGCACGGUUUGUCCCUGUCUGUGAAACAAGUCCUGGACUUGUCACUUUGUUUGUCUAACCACAGAUGUUGCGCUGUCUGACCUGCUGCAUGUGAACGACGUGUUCUGCUUGUGUUUCGGAUUUCCAGCACGGCAGUUUUGUUGUUGAUUUUCAGUGACUGGCAGCCAGCAGAGGGAGAUCAUUUGCCACCUCGCACAAUGAUAGCUACGGCAUCGGCGACUUUCUGGCAGGGGUUGGGAUUUAUCUAUCGAGUUAGGUAACUGAAGCGGACGGGCAGUAUUAAACAGCAAGCGGCUCCCCUCCCCGCCUGCUUCAUUUGUGCAUUAACAUGAUGGUGGAGGUUGAAGAUAUUGCCGCUUUUGGAAACUCUUCCGAUGCAGCGCUCACCAGCGGCCCGAUUUACGAGUUCGAAUACGACUAUUACGAAUUUGAUAUUUCAUUUGAUGGACUCAAAGCAAAUAAGUAUUCCAUUGUAAUAGCCUUCUGGGUUGGUCUUGCUGUCUUUAUGAUAUUUCUCUUCAUAAUACUUAUGUUAAUGUCACGUUCUGGUCCAACACCAGCACAAAUCGAAAGCUCACGGAGAAAGACAGCAACAAAGUUUACUCGGAAUGUUCGUCAUCAAGAGCAAGCAGAGAAUGCGACCAGCUGUGUCAUUUCUUCAUUACUACCAACUGUCUCUGGAAAAGCAGUAAAUGCCAACCUCAACAAUGAACAGAAGUGUUCUGAAGCCUCAGCGGUACCACAGACACUGCUGGAAAAUAUUGUAAUUCCUGGCAAGGUUAUUCCAUCAUCAGACUAGCCCUGAUCUUCAAUAAAUUGCCAAUUCCUUGUCCUGGGGUAAACUUGUAGCAUCACAAUAUUUAGCUAUAUGGUCUGAAAUAAAAUCAUUCAUGUAUGUUUCAAUAGUUCAAGGGGACUUUUAGAAUUUUUAACUGGAAUUGUUGAAGUUAUGCCGAGCGAAAAAUCACUGGAGACCAAAACGAAUAUGUUGAAACGACAGAACAGCAGGCCAGGCAGCGUCUGUAGCAAGAGGAACAGAAAUUGUGAACCUGAUUGCUUUGGCUCAGUCAUUCCCAGAAGUGGCAGACAUCAAUGCUGUCAAACUUAUUCUUGAGUUGCAAUGGCUGCAAUGUCCCCAGUGCCCGAUGAACUUCAUUGGAACAGUGUAGAAGGCAAAAGGUGGAUACAUCUGAUUGGGAGUUGGGAGAGCAGAAAUCAAGAGAGAGUGAAUAAGAAUUUUGGGGUUAAAGAGGAUACAAGGUGCUGGAGAAACUCAAAGGGUCAGGCAGCACCUCUGGAGAACAUGGAUAGGUAACGUUCUCAGUCAGGACCCUUCUUCACACGGUUUUCUUUCUGGAGCUGUGGGAGAGACAGAGCGAGGGCCUACUGGUGCCGGCAGAGGGUGUAGAACCUAGGGCUUGAUAAAAGAACUGUUGUAAGAAACGGUGGAUUGACUGCAAUGAUCUGAAAUCCGGGUUGGGUAUGUGCUGGGAGGCCUGAAAACGGAAUUUGGGGGGCAUAUUUGUGAUAUGAUAUAUAUUUGUGAUAUAACAGAAAUAGAGUCAUAGAAUCAAACGGCGUGCAUCAGGUCCUUCAACCCAUCUUGGCCAUGCCAACCAACAUACCCUAUCUCCAUUAGGCCCACCUGCCUCCGUUUGGCCAAUGUUCCUCUAAACCUAUCCGAUCUAUGUACCUGUCUAAAUGUUUCCUAAACAUUGCAAUAGUAAUAUAAUAGUAACAUACACCCACCACCCUUUGUGUAAAAAUGCUAUCCCUCAGGUUCCUAUUAAAUCUUCUCCCCCCUCACCUUAAGCCUAUGGCCUCUUGUUCUCGAUUCCCCUAUUCUGGGCAAGACGCUGCACGCUUACCCAAACUAUUCCUCUCAUGGAAGAAUUACGGAGAUAUUCCGCAACACAGUUUGCAAAUCUGCAUUCGGUCUCCAUGAUGUUGUGGAGACUGCAAUACAAGCAGUGACCUGGAGAGUGUGUAGGGCACAGAGGAUGUUAGGUAAAAGGCCAAGUUGCAAUGUCUAUCUCCAGAGGUAAACUUAAAAUAAGGAUGUUGAAUGCCCUAUUUGCAGAGGUAGGUAGCAUGGGA